GCUUGAGGAUAUACCGCUAUCAUGAAUGACACAGUAACUAUCCGAACCAGAAAAUUCAUGACCAACCGACUACUUCAGAGGAAACAAAUGGUCAUUGAUGUCCUUCACCCCAGGAAGACAACAGUAGCUAAGACAGAAAUUCAGGAGAAACUAGCAAAGAUGCACAAGACCACACCAGAUGUCGUCUUUGUGUUUGGGUUCAGAACCCAUUUUGGUGGUGGCAAGACAACUGGCUUUGGCAUGAUUUACAAUUCUUUGGAUUAUGCAAAGAAAAAUGAGCCCAAACGUAGACUUGCAAGACAUGGCCUUUAUGAGAAGAAAAAGACGUCAAGAAAACAGCAAAAGGAACGCAAGAACAGAAUGAAGAAAGUCAGGGGGACUGCAAAGGCCAAUGUUGGUGCUGGCAAAAGUGAGCUGGAGAUUGGAAAAUAGUCGAAGGAGUAAAGAUUCUGCAAUGACUAUCU